GAACUUAAUAUCAUUUGAGAGUUGAGUAGUUUUUCAGUUUUCUUAAAUUAGGCCAUAAAUUAGUUAAACUUUUAAUGAGUUUAAGGUUUUACAAUUUCAGACUUGCGCGUAACACUAACUGUGACUAACAAUAAUUUAACAAUAUAAUUUAAAUGGGUAAAACAUUGUAAAUGGCCGAAAAGUGAUUUUCUUAUACUUGCCUGUGGUUUGUCUAUAAUUUGCACUUAAAAAAACUAUAAUUCUAAAACUCUAAAUGUCCUCGAAAUCGAUUGAAACCCGUUACUACGAGGGCUGCGGCCGCAUCGGCCCUAUACGGUGCAUAUUUUUAAGUGAAUUUCAUCCUGUAGCUGGUCCAAAAAUUGUUUGCCAGUUCCCAGAAGACAAUGUAUCAAAAGAUGUAUUUCAUUCCAUCAGUGCAUAUAUUAUUCCAAAACCACAAUUUAUAUUAAAGUGCACUAUGACAAUAAACUCUCUUGGGCACAAGAUCAUUGGUUAUCCGAUCAGAAUAGAAAACACUAGGUAUGAGCGCAAUAUGUACAUCUUCAAUCUGUGCUUUGUCUGCGAUAGCUGGUCGAAAACUGUUCAGUAUGAACCAGUUGUUAAGAAACUUGGUGAAUACCUGGUUUUGAUGGAGGAAGAGACAGGAUUCGUGUCGAAGGGAUCAAGCAGACUUCCCACUCUGCUCGCUCACCUAUUCCACGACCUCAAUACGUAUCACAGGGCUACACUCGCGGAGGGUGACACUGCGGUGCGGCUUCUGGUGGGACGGCCGCGCGCUUCUCCCCCACCGGUGCACGACCACGACGUGCCCGUGCCCGUGCUCCGAGCUGCGCCCCCUUCGCCGCCGCCAACGCCAACGUCCAGCGACGAGCCGCACCUGGAGCCGGACGCCGACUGGGACCUCACCACCGCCCAGCUGCUGCCUCACAUCGACGGAUACAAUCACGUGUCUAAGAUCGCGGCCGACGCCGACGUUGAGAAGACGCUGGUCAAGUCCUGCAUACGGAACCUGCUCUACUAUGGCGUAGUGAGGUUGGUGCCGGUGCUCAAGUUCAGCAACACGUACCGGGCAACGCCUGCCCUUUCGCGCUUCUUCCGGGACCCCGAGCUGCAGGCCGCCUGUCUGGCUUACGCCGCCCCUACCGCGCCCCGACAGACGGCUCUACGGGACGUUGGACGAAUGCUGUGUUCGCUGCAGCAAGGCAGCCCUCUGCGCGGCGUUUGUGAGCGCUGGGCGGGCCUCGCGCCUGACGUCGACGUUCGACGGCUCGUCAUCUUCGCCCAGCUGCACGGACUCAUACGCUGCAUCAAGAGGUAUCCAUUGUGGAGGGGCUCGGAGGGUCCCGGGGCUCCGGGCGGUCCAGGGGGUACGGCCGCCGAUCUCAGGCGCUUAUUCACGGGCGCGCUCUGUGAGGACGAAAUCUGCUGCCGCGCGAGACUGGACCUGCCCUCGUUGCGAAGGAUCGUAGACGAAGACCCCGACGUGGCCGUCGUGUGGCGGUAGCCCGAAGAGGAGGACAUCCUCCUCCUCUUCAUUCACUUCACCAGUCCUAACUAAGAUUAAAAUAAAUUUAAAAAUAUUCUU